AUGUCUGCCGGGAAGACCCUGCUCGUGCUCGUGCUCCUGCUCCUGCUCCGGGGGUCCGCGGCGGGCGCCAGCGACUGCCCCGCGCCCUGCAGCUGCCAGCCCCUGGACACCAUGGGGCUGUGGGUGGACUGCGCGGGCCGCGGGCUCUCGGCGCUGCCCGCGCUGCCCGCGCACACGCGCCACCUGCUGCUGGCCAACAACAGCCUGCGCGCCGUGCCCGCCGGCGCCCUCGACCACCUGCCGCAGCUGCAGACGCUCGACGUGGCGCGGAACCCCUGGCACUGCGACUGCGGCCUCACCUACCUGCGCCUCUGGCUGGAGGACCGCGCGCCCGAGGCGCUGCGCCACGUGCGCUGCGCCAGCCCGGCCCUGGCGGCCGCGCGGCCCCUGGGCCAGCUCACCGGGUACGAGCUGGGCAGCUGCGGCUGGCGGCUGCGCGAGGACGGGGCCUGGCGCCGGCUCUGGGUGGACGUGGCGCUGCUGGCCGUGGCCGCGCUGGCCCUGGCGCUGCUGGCCGCGCUGCUGUGCGCGGUCUCCGAGCCCCGGCGCUGA